UCAGCAGCAGAAAUCGAGAAUCCGUGAAUCUGAGACAAGCGUCAAAACCCGAAAACCCGAACACAUUUCCAGUUCCUCAUAUCCUUUGAACCGAAAAUUUGUUGUUCCCGUGUCGCGCGUUGUGUGUUUCCAAAGUUGGAGCCUUACUUUAUAUUUUGUGGUCCACAAAAAUAGAGCAGUUGCAAGCGCAGGCUCUUCUCCUGAAAAAAGAAAAAGGAAACUCGAAUUAUCUCUCUGUUCACCCACCUACACCCUACCACAUUUAAUCAGCAAUGGCCGCGUAUGCUGCAUUCAAACACGUCGAGCUUUACAACGUGGGCAAAGCCAAGAAAAGGGUGCUGAGGCCUCCAGGCGGCGGUUCCAGCGACAUCUUCGGCUCGGAUAUGCCGCAGACGCCCAGGAACGUGAAGAACCGCAUGGUUUCCAACAUAUUCUCCGUCGAAAAGGAUAAUAGCGUAAAGAAUACCGUACGACAAGGAGCUCACAGAUUCUAUUUCAUUGGUGAUAAUCCGCGUCGCGGUCAGAAGACUAUCGACUCACACUCUCGACUCUUUGGGGAGCCCAUGCGUCCCAUCACACCUGGCAAGAACCACAUGAAGAGCAGCAUUCCCUUUGGCCAGAACACAGAGACUGCCGCUGCCCAGAAGCUGCUGACCAAUGGCAGCAGCGCCACCAACGGAGCCACCGCCAAUGGCCACUAUAACGGAAAGAGCGGAUCCGUGUCUUCGGCCUCGUCGUCAGUCUCGUCCUCGACGGAGAACCUCAAGAUGAACAGUGGCUCCCGAUCAGUCUUCAUUCGCAAUAUGAGCAGAGCUGAAGAAAUCGCAGAAUCUAAACAAAAUACGCAAGCAAUCAGUAAGGAGUGUCCUGAAGUUCUUGACAUCGACCAGCCGUGCCUGGACCUUGAAGUGGGAGACGUGCCAAAGGACAACGAGAUCUAUAUGGAGUCUGGAAAGCGCGACGUCCUCAUGCAGUCGCGUCAAGACUCUGGAAGCAACGUGAAGCAGCCACACUCUCUUGACAAGAUGCACAACGAACCAGAUCUUAAGGAGCCCCUGUCCCUCUGCCCGGACUAUGGGAAGGAGGCGAAUGAUCCGUGCAACGCACGCAAUCCUAUCACGGGUCUGGGCCUCAACGGGGAUGGCGUGGGUGGCCUAAAGCCCGUGAAGCAGAAGAUUCGAGAGGGAAAUCCCGUGACCGGUGAGGGAUACAGGCCCGGUGGAACGGACUACAUCCAGGCCGCCGGCUCGACCAAUGGCGGCAGCAACGGCGGUAACAAUGGCAAUGGUGGCAAUUCGGUGGUCAACAAGAACCGUGUGCCCCCGGGCGGCUACUCGUCGGGACUCUGGUAAUGGAAAGGGACGCUGCCCAAGUCCCAGUAUAAGAGAGCGACAUGGGCCAAAAAAACAAGCGACACCAGAAGAGAAACAAGCGACAACAAAACACAGUUCUACUACCCACUACCCCCUUUACAUGAUAUAUACGAAUAACCAAACAACCCAAUCCAAUCCAUUGCAAAACAAUGCAGAACCACACGUGGAGCAAAGCCACUUGCAGCCACAGCACCUACCAUCAGCAGGCUGGAAAUGAAGCUCUGGCAGCAGAAAGAGCAGAAUACAAAAAACCAAAACGAACACAAAAUAUUUGCUCAAAUCGUUCAGCACAGCAAACCCCAACCCCCAUCCCCAUUGAGGAGAUGGUUGAGAGCUGAAGUGAAGCAUCAAAGCUCACAGAACACACCUAACCAAUCAGCCAGCACUUUUGCAUUACUCCACAAGCAUACAUUUUUUAAUCUACUUUGAAUUUUGUGUACCACAAGAGCCCUGCCCUGCUGCAAUGGAGAGAUCCUCGUGGAUUCGGGGUGAUGGGGACUGCUGGACUCCAAUUGAACACGUGCGGCGGCACGUGGGACACCCUUAAUUAUAGUUGCAUCAAUGUAAUACACGCCACGACACAUCUAAAAAAUAUUUAUACCAACUGACUCACCAUCACCCCCCCUCACAACCAUACACCCAAUACAUACUCGUACAUAAUAUACAUUACGUACAUAUUACAUAUGUAAUUUAACAGUACGAUUGCAAGUACUAAUGUGCACGUACUAAUUAAGUGUAAAAAUACGAAUUCGAACCCGAAUAUUUGUUCAAUAAAAAUCUUUUCGUACAUAA